UACAAUGUUCACGUGAGUACAAAAACAACACAUGAAUUGAAAUGUGUGGUAGGUGAGAAUGUAUAACGAAUGCUCUAUAUGACAUACUCGGCAAAGAGGAGAUAUAUGUAGCAUUCAUUUGUUAUAAAGAUUCCCAGUAUGAUAUAAACGUUGGCCAAUAGAGAUGGACAUCAGUGUCUCGUCCGGGCUACCCGACUCCACCUUAGAAGAAUCAUCUCCACAGACACAGGAUGAACCAGGACAAGAACAACCUGGCGUUGACUUUCAGGGUUUACGAAAUCGAAGUCAACUUGAUAACCCUGUUGUACAUUCUCCAAAGUUGACUGGGGAUCCGAAAUUGACAUCGUCCAGUAGCUUUGUAGACAUUUUGGAGGAUCCCUUUAUGCAGGAGCGUGAUGUGGAAGCUCAUAAAAUCAGUAACAACUACUUGUUUGGAUUCAAGAAAUGGAAAGGCCACGUUACAGAUAGACCGUUAAGUACACGAUCAGAGGUGGUGCAGAAUCUCUAUGAAGACUUGGACAAGAUCCAGCCUGUGAAUGUAUCGACAUUGCGUCCCUCUAACAUGCUGUAUGUGUUGCUGUUCGGAUGGUGGCUAGCUUUACUGUACCUAUUAGUGGGCUGUCUCAUGUUUAUCACUCUUGUGGGCUGGAGAUAUGGAGUCUUCUGCUGGUCCUUGGCGAGAUAUUUUCUGUGGCCAUUUGGCAAGUUUGUUCACCUGGUCAAUGAUGUGGCUCCCUUGGGGCUGGAGGGGCAGGGCCCAAUAGGGGAGAUAAAGAAGUCUCCUGUGUCGUACCUAUGGCUGAUAUUAGGCAUGCCUAUACUGGUCAUCGCUCAUUUCAUCAUCAUGUUUUUUACCUGGUUGUUUGUCAUCUCCGUUCCUAUUGCUAAGUUAAACUUUAAGGCCAUCACACAGAUAAUAUUCCUACCUCCUCAGAAGGUAAAGGUAGCAGACUACAGUUAUGUGAAGCAGGAUCACCAGGAGAGUGAGAUUCUGAUGUAUACACACCAGUCCGUGUACCUGUACUAUUAUAAAUACAGCGUGGACGGCAUGAACAUCAUCCUCUUCAAUUUACUUUUGUUUGUAAUUCUUGCCCUGGCGAUAGGCUAUACUGACCCUGACAAUAAGAUGACCACCGGAGUUACCAAAUGUAUUUUAGGAGUACUUGCCAUUAUACCAUUAACUUACUACAUUGGUCUGGCCAUAAUCAGUAUUUCUGCCCAGAGUAACUUCGCCGUGGGGGCAGUCUUGAACGCCACCUUUGGAUCUAUCGUAGAAAUUAUCAUAUUUAUCCUUGCCUUAUCAAAAGGAAGUGAAACAGGAUCUGACUGUUAUGUUGAGCUGGUCAAGUCUUCUCUCACAGGUGCAAUAGUUGGCAGUCUGCUCUUCAUACCAGGUAUCUGUAUGGUUGUCGGAGGGAUUAAAUACCAUUCUCAGAGGUUCAACCCCCGGUCAGCCAACGUUACUGCACUCCUGUUGUUUGUGGCAGUUGGAGGUGUCUAUGCUCCAACUAUAUUUGCAAAGAUCUUUGGAGACAUGCAGUGUAAGAGCUGUGAUAAUGUGUAUGUCCUUCCCAAUGGAAAUACCUCAGUUAAUCCAUCUAACUCGAGUUACUCGCUUCACUGCACUGAGUGUCGGAGCUCUGUGGCGGGUUUAGAUGGUGACUCAUCACUCUACCGUCAACAUGUGAUGCCGUUGGUGUAUGCGUGCUCGUUGUUACUGCCUAUAGCUUACAUCAUAGGAAUGGUAUUCGCUCUUAAAACACAUUCAGCCAACAUUUACCAGAAUGAGCAGUCUCGAGAUCAUGGCCUAGAGGUGGAGGGUGACCUUCAUAAAGAUCACAGACAUGGCAGUCCUUCCUGGUCAAGAAUAAAGAGUGGUACCAUUCUUCUGAUCAGCGCCACAUUAAUCGCACUCUGUGCUGAAUUAAUCACAGAGAACAUCCAGGAGUUAAUACAAACCUCAGGUGUGUCAGAGUACUUUGUGGGAAUGACAUUAAUAGCCAUGGUACCAGAACUGCCGGAAGUUAUCAACGGUAUCCAAUUUGCAUUACUUAACAAUGUAAAUUUAGGUAUAGAGAUUGGGACCAGUACUGCCAUCCAGGUGUGUAUGAUACAGGUACCUAUUCUGGUCCUCGUCAACCUCAUACAUCCGUUUGGAUUCCUCAUCCUCUUCAAUGAUAUCCAUCUGUGGUCAGUUGUCUUUUCUGUGAUCGUCAUCAACUACACUUUCCAGGAUGGCAAGAGUGACUACUUCCAGGGGUUUACACUUGUCAUGCUGUAUUUGAUACUCCUGUGUAUGUACUUCUUCAUACCGGUGACAAACCGAGCUCAGUGUUGAUGUCUGAGCGAACUCAUGAAGAUCAAACCCCUGCCACCUGAGACUACACUUAUAAAUUACAUAUUGAUGUGUGAGCUGACAUUGAAUGUUCUAAUCAUGGAUUCAUAAUCAUAUGGACAGCAUUAACAUUGAGGCGUACUAUCUGACGAUGCCUCAGUGAUGUGGUGUAUAACAAUAUUAUCCUAUCCCACCACAACAUAACCUGUGAUGUUAUCUCCGAAGAUGGAACUUAUAUCAUUGUUUAGAUUGUAAGCCCAUUAUACAUGUAGUAUUGUUGUGAUAUAUUUAAAAUGACACAUUUGAAAUCCAAACCAAAAAUAUUAACAUAUCAUUUAAUAAUUUUGUGGAGGAAUGGUGUAAGUAUGAGUUAGAUAAUGCAUGGCAUGCUGUAAUUGUCAAACUGAAUUUUACAGUUUUAAAUGGUGCUAGUGAAAUGUGUUUUGUGAUAUUACAGGAAGUACAAUGAAUACCACAUUUUCCAUAAAUAAACCCACUUCUUAUUUUUGUAGAAUCAUCAAUUUCAAAAUAUUAAGCCAAAAGUGGUUGAAAAUAAGCCCUCUCAAAACUUUAAUGCUAAUUUUUACACCCAGGGACUUAUUUGAGGAUGAAUACGGUAUGUAUCGGUUGACAUAUGCAAAGGAUGUACUGUACAUAUACACCAAUUCCUUGAGUCUCGAAUUCUGCCAUCAGAUUUUAUAUACUUGUUUUUAUUGCUGUAUGUGAUAUUUUGAUAAAAACAAUUGUCAUUUUUUCUGAAAUCUGAAGGUAUUUAAUCUGUAUUUUAUUGGAUUGGAUACUUCUGACACCUUUCUAAGGUCACAGUAGUAAAUAUCUUAUUCGUAUUAAUGAAAUCUAUAACCUAGCUAUACAUUAUAAUUUACAUAGAAUGAUCUGACAUAAUAAAACAGCUGUGGCACUGUAAAAGUUGUUUUUUAUAAGGAGUGUAUUUUUUGCUGUUUACAAUGAUUGUCAGAAUAAAAUCAUGAAAUAUAGAGCUACCUUGACAUUUUAUAAUUUCUUUAUAUCUUUUCUUCCAGGUAUAAAUGUUACUGAAUUUUUCAGCAUCAAAAAAUAAAUCCUUUUUUAUUUAUUGGUGAAAGAUUUAUUUAUACAAUAGCAUAGAAUGCAUUGUUAAAUGAACUCAUAUGAAUUCUUUUAUUGUAUAUGUUCCAAAAACCUUGUCUGAUAUUAAGACUCCCGCAGAGUAUUAUUGAAACCGUUAUAUUAACCGUUAUUAAGAGAUCUCAAAGUCUUUACUCGGAAAAUAUCUUGGUAAUUUUUCAUCACUCUUGAAGUAAUGCAUUUUAUUUCAUGAAACACUUUACUGAUACAUUAAAAGUAUGGUACAAGUGCCACCAUUAUUAUCUGAUAAAUCUGUUCUUGAACUUGCAAAUCAAUAACAAACAAGAUAACAAUAUUAUUGUGGAAAAUACAAUAUUUUCUGUGAACAAAAUCCUGAGAUUUCAGAAGCUAUAUCAAAAAUUGUAAACUAAGAUUCUUGUUGUAUUAUAAAAAAAAA